AUGGCGGAGCUCGAAGAAGCAAUCCUCGCCAUGGACGCGCUAUCUGCGCAACGAAAGCGCUACAGCACCAUCGCAAGUUCGAGUACCUGCGGACUGACUUUCGCUCUACAGGCAUUAUUGUCCCGACAUGAAUCGUACGUCGCCGAAACACAGCUGGAGAACGAGACCCUGAAUGCGAAGAUUGCUGCGCUCGAAGCUGAGCGAACUACAUUGCAAGAUGCGAACGAGAAAAUCGUAGCCGAGAAUCGGAGUUUAUUGACAAAGCUCGACACCAUCAACAAAACUUACACCGAGAGCGACAGCACGGUGAAGAGUCUCGAAGCGCUUCUCAAAGAUACUGAACUAGAGGUCCGCCGACUCAAUGCGUUGGCUAGGCGAGCAGAAGAGCUCGAAGCUCAAGUGCAUGAUAUGGAGCGAGAACGGACGCAGAUGUCGCAGAAGUUGACGGAAAGCGAGUCAGAGAGCAAGAGUGCGCUGACGCGGUGGCGAGAGAGCGAGAAGCGAUUGCGGAUAUUGGAAAUGGAGCUCGAGAAGAUUGAGUGGGAAGCCAAGCGCGAAACGGAAAAGCACGAAGAGAUUGUUGCCCGACUGGAACGAGAACGGAUACUCGACCGGGAACUGGGCGGCGCCGAAGGCAGACUCAAAGGUGCUGCAGCAGUGCAAAGCAUUCAGGCCGGUCAGAACGACAACGUUGUCAGCCACUUCGUUCGCGACAUCCUGCAGGACAACGCUACAUUACAAGCCGGUAUUGUCGAGUUGAGGGAGCUUCUACAGUCGAGCAACGAAGAGGUACAUAAUUUGAGGCAACAGAUCAUGCAGCAUCAACCAAUGUCUGAAGGCAAUGACCAGCAGCCUCCCUCAUCCCUGCCACUCGACCAGCAGAUCGGAUGGGAGCCACCAGCACCGUCCGACGUGCAACGCGAGGUCCACGUUCAUCACCACUACCACGCCAAAUUGGCUGCCAAAGGCAAUCGUACGCCCACAGUUCGCAAGAGAGCCGUCCGGAGAACUAUGAUGCCAGGUAUGAUUAGCAGUCCAGAGUCGUCAAUACCGUCGACACCAACUACAGGUCCGAAACGAUAUGCAUCGAGUCCCAUCAUGCCUCUUGCUCUCCAUCAGCCAGUCCCAAGAAAGAAUAACAGAUGGUCGGUUCAGUCGGCAGCGUCCAGGUCCUCAAAUUUUUCAAGCCUGCCGAGUUCUCCGCGAUCCUACUUCGACCGGUACAGCUCUAUCUUCGACCGCAUAGAACCAGGAGAUGAUUCAUCACGACCAACAAGUCCAGAAUCUGUCAGUGUGAUGAGUUCUCCGAAAACGACCCACAAUGCAAAAGAAGGUUCGAACACAUGGCCGGCAGCAAUUCCCGAACAUUCCUUAUCCGAAGCUUCCAUCUCGCCACUAACGCCACCUACCGUAUCGCCGCAGGAAGAUAGCACACCUGCAACGGUCGUACGCCGAGGCCCGUCACCAGACCUGACCCCGAAGCCGUCACAGAUCCUUGCACCUGCUCCGUCAGACCCGAUCGAUAUCAGACCCUCUGCUGGGCAUUCCCGAAAUGCAUCAGCUCUUUCUGUUGAACCGCUCGCUCCAGAAACAUUCUCAAUACCAGAGUACCAGAUACCAGACCAUGAGACACCUUCCUCGGAGGACAACAACCCACUGGAUGAUACCCAAGUCGCGGCGGAGGAAGACACAGACCCUUUCUCAAGCAAUGUGACAAUUCGCCCGACUCUACAACGAUCAUCCUCGCAUGACUCGCUAGUCUCAAUUUCUGGCAUGGACAUACACAUAGCGAAACGUCCUUCGCCACCAAGUUUCAGCCGAUCAUAUUUCACGCCAGCUCACUUGCCCUUAUCGACCAUAAAUGGCUUGAAAACAUCUUCGAAACAGCCUCUUACAGCGGUCGCCUCUGUGGCCGCGUCGGCCUCACAAUUCCAGACGCUGACAUCAACUCGCGGUCAUGGCGAGGGUCGGCGAGGUCUCGAGAUCAUCGCAAGCUCACCAGCCGCCAAGACGUAUCGUUCUUCGUCGCAGCAAUCUUCGCCUGCCCAGCUAAAUUCGAGCCCCGGUGUUGCAGGCCGUGUUGGGGGCUGGGUGCGCAGCAGAUGGGGCGUUGCACCUACCAAGUCUGUCGGUGACUUGCGUUCGGUCUCAGCUGAAGCACCGCCGCCGCCAACGGAGGCUCACGCCACGCAAGUCGCAAAUGACAGAGCGGUGCCAUCAGCGGAGUCAGUCAGCGGUGACGCGCAGCCAGCGGACCAACAACAACAGACCUCUCCACCGCGAAAUAUGCCUUCUUCUGUUACGUCAACCAACAGCCGUGCCUUCAGCGCCAAUGCCGCCAUCAGUAUCGGCGGAUCAAGCAGUCUCAAAUCACCCAGCAUAGGCACGGGCAGCACGCCAUUCGGCAGUAUGCAGCGUAUGCCUGGCAUCAAUCAGAAAGGCCCCAUUCCGGGGUUCUGGCUACAGCAGCGGGCGCCGAGUCAAGUUGAGGUUGAUCGAUCGAAGGUUAAUUUUGAGGGCUUGAGGGAUGCGCUGGGUGGUGGCGGUGGAUGA